AUGUCAAAUUACCUAAAUGCCACAAGCAAUACAAAUCAACUGUGUAGACCUAAUGACGGCCCUGUUAAUUCCAUUGGAACCGUUUUGGAAGAAAGUUCUGAAGUUCAUAUUGGAAGCCUCGGCCUUGGGAAUGCACUUGCUUUGGCUUAUGACAUACACAAUGAGUUGACACCUAGCUGUAUUUAUAGUUCACCUGGUUCAAGUUCUGGCGCCGCUUUCAUUGCGUUUCCAACUGUUUCUCCUGGAUAUUCUUUUUCUCAACAAAACACAAAUAAUUUUUCUACCCAUAAUUUGGCUUUUAAAUCGCUAAACAAUGAGCAGAAUCCGUUGGCUUUGCACUCGCCAGCUCAAACAUCCGUCUUUCAACCAAUCGAACUAGCUGAGAAGGUAGUCGUUCCGGUAAAUAUUACGGUACAACCCUCUUAUUCUUCAAAACGACCCCAGUACCAACAACAACAUCGAGUGGUCGUUCAGCAACAAGCGGUGGUUAAACCAGAAAAUCCGUCCAAUUCUCUUGAUUUUGAUUCCUAUUCUGAUUGCAAUUCUUUAAAUCCAAAGCAACCAGACCAGACUAUACCUGACUACAUUCCAUUUCUGCAUCCUACAGUUUCUCAAUCACUUGCUACUAACUUGUCUCAAUCUGGUUUGCUUCAAGCUAAUUCACAUCCAAUUCCGUCUACAUUAUUACCGCAUCCUAACCUUAUAUCGACUGUAUCAUCUCAAGCAGUUGUGAACUCUCCGCCUGUCUCUACAUUCGCUCCUGUAAGCAGUCCAACUAGUUUGCAGACGUCACUGUCUUCCUCUGUUUCAUUUGUUUCCGUCAAAGCAUCAAUAACAGGAGCGCCUAUUUCAAAUAACUCCACUGAAUGCGAUGCUAAUAACAACCCUGCGAUCCCGGUUAAUGAUUCGAUUGAAAUCUCGAAUAAAGGCUCAUCUGAGGGCGAUAACCUCAAUAUUGUUGACGAAGGAAGUCCCGCCGAUGCCACAAUUAGUAGCCCUUCUUCCGAAUCAAACAAGCAAACUGAACAUCAUUUGCACAACCCAGUACUGUUUUCACCUGAAUCUACGUCAGCAUCUGCAUCUCUCAAUAGUGCACUCGCAGACGCUUCCAUUUCCAGUGGAAUUCAUCAGACAAUAAACAAAGAAAAAUCAUCCUCUUCCGAUGAUGGAAUGUACGAAUUAAGUGAUGAAGAGAUGCGCGAAAUCGACCACUUGGUAGGCUUAACUUUAUUUUUGAUUCUAUUUAAUCUAAUUUUUAUUUUAUUUCAUUGUUCAUAUAAAUAA